UCUGACCACUUCUACCACAUCAUGAACAAUUCGACUAUGACAGCUUCGGGAAAUAAUACUCUCCUUGAUCAAUGGAACUCGGAAUUUGUGCGGGUGUUACGGUCUGACACCCUGAUGCUUGUAUUGUACAUAGUAAUUGGCGUGAUUGGUAACUCUCUUGUUAUCACUGUGUACACUCUACGUUUUCGGGACAAAAGUGAAGACCGGUUCUUUAUUCCAUACCUUGCAGUUAUUGACUUGAUCGCAUGUCUGGUUUGCUCUUCGUUCGGCAUUUCUGUAAACCAGUAUGCAGUAACUUUUACCAACGACGCAGUUUGCAAAGCCUUUUGGGUAUUUAGCUUAUUUACCACAGGGACUUCAAUAUUCACCCUAUUACUUAUCGCGGUCCAUCGAUAUCAGAAGAUCUGUCGACCAUUUCAACCACAGAUGACCCACCGAAGGAAACAGCUUGGUUUGGUAGUAUGCAUUGUGGUAGCGAUGUUUACGUCCCUCCCAGCACUUGUUUUCUACGGAACCUCUCCUGUAAGCCACCCAAAAUACAACAUCACAGGAACGCGCUGUGCUAACAUUCGUGGUCCGUGGACAAAGGCAGUGGCUAUAUCAUACAAAGCGGCUAUAUUGCUCAUUGGCCUCGGAAUACUAGUUAGUCUGGUGGUUCUUUACUGUUUGAUAGGAAGAGCCGUCUUUCGGAGAAUCGAUUUCAAUAAAAAAAGACAAGAGCAAACAUCAAUUCCAAACGCACCGUCAUCUAUGACCUCGCGAGAUACUAUCGAAUAUAUCUCGGAAGAUAGGAAUAAACUUUCGCCAAGGACAACUACGAAGACAAAGAAGAUCCCUGGAUACCGAUUGUCAAUUAUGUUCAUGUUAAUUACAGGCGUAUUUGUUGUCUGUUUCAUUCCAAAACUUGCCAUGAUGGUGUUUGAAUCUAGACAAGAACAAUUCUGGUUUACACUUGAUAUCUCUGGCUACAAAGUAUUCCGGUUUUUAUAUACAAUGUACAUUAUAAACAGCAUUGCUAACCCUAUAAUAUAUGGAUUCCAUGACAGAAAGUUUAGACAAGAACUUGCAUCACUUUGUUGUAACCGUUGUAAUUGUAUCUCUUUGGCAUAUGGUAGGAGAUGAAAUGUCGAAAAAUGUGGAAAGAGGUGAAAUAUGAAACAAUAUAGGUGUAUUUUAUCCUGUAUAUAUCAAUGUAGGUAAGUUUUUAUGUAUUUUUUCACUAUGUAGUGUACAUAAGUGCAUGUUUGUGUAGUUAUCUCUUAAAUUGUAUUGUAGAUGUGCGUAGUUACGUUUUUAGGUCUGUGCUAGUAUCAUUGUAACCUGAAUUUCAUUUACAUAAGUCAUUUUAACCCAUUUUAUAACAUCAACUUAUUGCAUUGGUCUAUAUUACUAUUUAGUUACUUAGCUCUUGGAUGAAGAUUUAUAUAAUUGUAUGAUAUCAACUUAAUUCUUGACCAUAGUUCUAUGUAAUUGUGUUAUAUAAACUUAGCUCCUAGAUAUAGGUAUCCAUACUUGUACAAUAUCGACUUAGCUCCUCGAGGCAGCAAGCUGAAAUGAGAAGAAAGUGGUCAGUGUCUUAAAAUAUCAGCUGUAUUUUGGCGGGGGUGAAGGAAAACAAAAUUGGCGUGUCUUACAGCUCAUACUUUCAGACACUGGUCAUAUAUUCUAUUUAUUCUGCAACAUUUACGCUAGAGUGUUCCUGAUCAUGUCAGACUAAUUACUCCCAGCGCAAGUGUAGUCCCAUACUUCAAUGGAUAUCAAAACCGAUUUUGGUAAAUAAUAUUGGUUGAUGCAGCAAAUAAAACCGCUUAUUUGAACAGUUAUCUAUAUUCUUAAUGAAAUAUAUAAGUUAGUUAGCAAUUCUGUCGAAUUGAUGCACUUGCUAAAAUAAGCUGUUUUCCGUCACUGCCGAAUACAGCCGGAAUUUGCAUGUAGAUAAGUAGGUGAUUGGUGUUCUCUGACAAUGGUAGCACACGAAGAAUAAACCCACAGAAUAUUGUGAGUGUGGAGUACGGUCAUUGUUAUACCAUUUGCCUUAUUGUAUAAUAAUGAUAUCUGUGUCUUAAAGACACAACUCCAUAAUUCAUCAAGUUACAAAUUAAAGAGAUUCCUUAGCCUAAGCGAGGACUAAUACUGAAUAAAGCAGUUAUAGCUAAUAUGUGGAUAUGUCAUUGAAAAUAAAA